AUGAUGGCGGGCUACUUUCUUUUCAGCCUCCUUCUCACGGCUGCCAGUGCGGCCAGUGUCUCUGAUCUAGUAGGGACCUGGACGACAAAGUCGCGUAAAGUUGUGACAGGUCCAGGUUUUUAUGAUCCAAUCAACGAUAGAUUUCUAGAGCCGAACUUGACCGGCAUCUCAUACUCUUUCACGGCGAAUGGUCACUAUGAAGAGGCUUACUACCGCGCCAUUGCCAAUCCCCAGGAUCCAGCUUGUCCCAAAGGCUUGAUGCAAUGGCAACACGGCACCUACACCGCGCAGAGUGACGGAUCCCUGGUAUUGACCCCAUUUGCGGUCGAUGGACGCCAGCUGGUAUCGGACCCAUGUGCUACCCCUCUGACAUCGUACACGAGGUAUAAUCAGACGGAGGAAUUCAAGUCCUUCACUGUCUCGGUGGAUCCAUAUCAUGACAUCCCACGCCUAGACCUGUACGCGCAUGACGGAACGCCUAUGCAUCCCAUGUAUCUUGUGUACAGGCCACCGCAGAUACUACCCACGGAGGUUUUGAAUCCCAUAACCACCAAAGUUGAGAAGCAAAAGCGACACUUGAGUGGUGAUGGCAAGUCAACCUUCAACUGGGAGGGCCUUUUGCCGCGGGAGAAGGUCAUUGAUCCCGAUCGCUUGUUGUGGCUUGGCAUUAUUAUGACUGCCAUCGGUGGAAUCACCGUGUUCUGCACGUAG